AUGUAUUCUCUUGGAGGGACUGAGUCUGCCUCUGGUGUCUUUUCAACAAUAACGUUUUUCUUUCUCAUCUCUGAGUGGGGUGCGGAUAUCGAAGCGGAGGAGUGGGGUGACGACUCGCACCGGCUCGUCACGACACACACACACACACAAAAGAGAUUAUUUUGUCAGGGGAUGCGUCGUUGUCUUUUUGUGAGAAAUGCGGCGGCUUUUUACGAGUUUGUCGAUAACAAUUUUCUCAACAACAAGCGGCCACCGGUGCCGGGUGGAGCGUGGCCGCUUGAGAGCCUCCGCGUGAAGAGUCUUUCCGACCUGCAACAGAUCUGGUUUUUGCUGUUGAAGGAGCGCAACAUGCUGCACUCCACGAGGGAGCAGUAUUUGCGUCACCAAGAGGAGCUCGGUGCGAUGCCGGCACCGUCGCGGCUCAAGAUGGUGCAGGAGUCGAUGCGAAACAUCAAACGUGUCGUGAAGGAGCGCGACGCGGAGGCCACUGCACAGGCGACUGCAAUCUUCCAGGAAAGGCUGGAGCGCGGUGUGUACCGCUUUCCCCCGGGACCGCCGCCACCGCCGGGUGCCCACGACCCGACAGUCGUCGUGAAGGUGAUACUCAGCCGACGUGUUGAGGCUGACAGGUUGCGGGAAAUCUUUGGACGUUACGACGUAUUCGAGCCUCACAAAGGGAUUGUGCGGGUGGAGCUGAAGCUGCCGGACGAGGUGCUGCGGAAAAAGGAAGAGGCGGAGCAACUGUGGACACAGUACGUGGCCGAAAAGAGUGACGUGAAGGAGUACCAUCGCUGGUCAGCGUCGCCCAGUGUGUACGAUUACGCCAGCGUGGAACUGGCUCCAGGUGUGUUUGCCAAUGACGCCGUUGCUGAAAUGUCUACCCGAAACGCCGAGGAUGACGAUGGCAAUAAUAGCAAUAAUAAUAGUGCUGUUGUUGGUGCUGAUAUCGAGAAUGAUAAGACGAGUGCGGCUGGUGAUGGGGCGAUUGUGGCAGCCCGUUUGCCGGUGCCAGCGAGCAAGCAGAGGCCGCCGCCACCGAAAAACCCACUGGAGCGUAUUAAGGCAGAGCGUCGCUCGUAUCUUGCACGAACAGUCAUCCAGCUUGGCUACUUUCCGAACAUAACAAUGCAAGUGCCACGCUAUGCGACUGUUGAGGAGGUGCCUCGGCCGACGCACCCGGACGAAAUUGAGGGUCCAUGGGAGGCGUACAUCACGUAUGACCGAAGAAACGGUCUUGAGUAUGCGCAGUCACUCGGUGUCACCACCAUUGACGGGGCUGAAGUGAUUCGUAUCGUGGAACACAAGCGUGAGCCCCAGCCUUAUGCCAAGGUUGACCCCGUAUUUCUUGAAGCUCUACGACGAGAAAAGGCGCGAGAGGAGACGCUCAUGAAAUGGCCGCACGUCCCUGAGUGGAAAUACGAAUACAGCGAAUACACCAGGAAGCACUUGGCUGAAAUUGUGCGGCAUAAUUAUAGCAACGUUGUCGAUUACGUGGAUCGUGAAGUUCUUCUCACUGGGCGUUCUGUAUGGGAGUGUCCGAUAGAUAUUGAUUACUCCUGUGGUGGCGCAAAGUCCGUACCGCCACAUGCAAAAAAGCCUCUCCGGUACAUGGACAUCAAAAUUUCUGAUGUGGGUGUCACCGAUAUCUAA